ACCCAGAGACCUGCAUGAAGUGGUUGCACAAGAAGAGGAGGUAGGAGCUGGCUGCCCCGUGAGCGAGCCGGGGCUUCUUCGCAGGGAUGCAAGAUGCCUUCCCAUGAGAGACGCCUUCCGGAGGAGAUCUGAUGGACACAGAGCCCUGCAGCCUCUGAGCGGGACAGCUCCUGCUGGUCUGGAGCUGGGACUUAUUUUUCUCCCGUCUUUUUCCCUUGGAGAUGUUGCAGGGAUAUUUUCUGUGCUCUUCCUCCCCGCCUGAAGCCUGCCGUGGCAAUGACCCCGCAGCCAGAGCCAAGCACCAAAGAGAAGAGGAUUGUGCGUUUGAAGCAGGGCCCUCACUGUAACUGAACUGGGAUUGACUCCCUGCUCGCGCUCCCGGAGCGGCCGCCGCCGUUCCCGCGUUUGUCCGUGUGUGUCGAGCUGCUCCUCCCUAAUCUUGCUUGGAAUUCCUGGCCUUUCCACGCUGAAUCUGCCCAUGGCUUUCCUGAUGAAGAAGAAGAAGUUCAAAUUUCAGACAAGCUUCACUCUGGAAGAGCUGACUGCCGUCCCCUUUGUGAACGGGGUGCUGUUCUGCAAAAUCAGGCUGCUAGAUGGAGGAGACUUUGCCAGCUUAUCCAGCAGAGAAGAAGUUCAGGAAAACUGUGUCCGCUGGAAAAAGAAAUUCACCUUCGUGUGUAAAAUGAGUGCCAACCCGGCCACAGGACUGCUGGACCCCUGUGUCUGCCGAGUGUCUGUGCGUAAGGAGCUGAAGGGCGGAAAAACCUACUCCAAGCUGGGCUUUGCUGAUCUAAAUCUGGCAGAGUUUGCGGGYUCUGGAUCCACUGUGCGUUGCUGCUUGCUGGAAGGGUAUGAUACGAAGAACACCCGACAGGACAACUCCAUCCUGAAGGUCACGAUCGGGAUGUCCCUGCUCUCAGGAGAUCCCUGCUUUAAAACGCCUCCUUCCACCGCCAAAUCCAUCACCAUACCAGGACAGGACUCCUCCCUGCAGCUGACCUGUAAGGGGGAGGGCACCACGAGCAGCAACAGCGGUUCGGGCACCAUUGGUUCUCUCCGUCAGAGCAAGCCAAGACCCACCAUUCUCGGCUCGGGCGUCCCGGAAGAACCAGACCAGAAUCUGUCCAGUCCAGAGGAAGUCUUCCACUCAGGGCACUCGCGGAACUCUAGCUACGCCAGCCAGCAGUCCAAAAUCUCUGGUUACAGCACGGAGCAUUCCCGUUCUUCCAGCAUGUCCGACUUGACCCAUCGCCGGAAUACCUCCACCAGCAGCAGCGCGUCCGGGGGGCUCAGCAUGACAGUGGAGUGUCCGGAGGGAGAGCGGGAUCACAAACUGGAGAAGCCCCCUCGGCCGCCGAGACCGGCCCUUCUGAUGGAUAGACCUUCCCGGAGAAAAAAGGAUUCAGUGGAGAGUCACCCAACCAGAGUGGAUGACACCAGGAUCGAUGCUGAUGAUAUAGUGGAGAAAAUAAUGCAGAGUCAGGACUUCACAGAUGUCAGCAAUACUGAAGACAGUAACCUGAGGUUGUUUGUGAGCAGAGAUGGCACAACUACACUGAGUGGUAUUCAGUUGGGAAACAGGGUCUCAUCUGGAGUUUAUGAGCCAGUGGUGAUUGAAACCCACUAAAUGUGAAGAACAGGGUAGAGCUGCUGGAAACGGACCCCCUACCCAGUCCGCUGCCACAUGGAUGCCAAUCUUUACCUCUCUUCAUGCAGCAUUCCAGAAGGGAUUUCUCCACACCCCUCCGCGUACGUUUGCACUGCAGAACUGCUCCGAGACCACUCCAAAUCAUGCACUUUCCCUGUGUUGGCAUUACCCUCCUCCACUUCCCAGUUCUUCCAGUGCCUGUCCUCCCCAUGUUCCUGAUGAGAUUCUGGGUGUCUGGUGGGGUUGUCCUUACUCAGAGAGGACUUUGCUCUUUUUGCAGUCCCUCACUCUGCACAUUCAUUCACAACAGGGGUCUUCUCAGCUUCUGUCUCCCCCAACCGUUGGGUUAUACCACUGUGAACUCUUGAAACCACUGUGGGAGGAGGGAACCCUUCUAACCAAACCGAGAGCUGCUCUUUGGUGACGUGGCRAGGUAGCUCCUUGCAGGAUGCUUUAUCCCACUGACUCUGCAAGGGAACAUCACCUUCCAAGGCAACAGUUUUACUGACAAAGUGUGCUAYGGCGUGCACUUCACCUACCCCUCAAAUCCCCAAACAUCUUCUCAUAGGAAAUAGCUCCCCAAAGUGCAUUUCCCGAAAACUGCCGCAAUCCRUAUGGGAGUUGAUGGAUGGUUAAAUGCUAGUGCUUGUUAUACCACUAACUGUAUUACCCCCUUCCACUGCUGGGCAUGGGAGGGCAGGGUUCAUCUGUUGGCAUUAGCAGGAGCACUUYAGAGGCUCCAGAUUUUACCUGGAGGAGGCCAGUGCUUGUUCCAGGAGCAUAAUCCGUGUGUCCUGGGUGGCCUCAGUAAAUGGUCACCGUUGAGGCUUGGGAUAUGAAGCCUCCUUUUUGGCUCAGGAAGGGAGCUGCCUCCCUUGGACCACGAAGAGCAUCUUGUUGUCUGAUAACCCUCUCCUGGGCCGGAKCAGGGUGCAGUUGACUGCAGUGGUCUCUCGUGGAGGUGAUUCACGGGUGUCUCUCUUGGUCUGGCCAGAAAGGGAAUUGCUGGUGAUUGACCUUUCCUGUCCCGUCAGCGGGACCUCUGCCUGAGCUGGAGACUUUCAGGGCUGGGGGGAGAGCUCCGACUAGGGCAAGAUGAAGCCUCUGUCUUUGCCUUCAAAGGUAGGAUGGACGUUUUCUGCCACGUUCAGCACAGCAGUGGCUCUCACCCGCUCUGUGGCAAGUGAGCUUUUCUGAUAAGGCUUCACACUGUUUUUCUGGUUGGUCUUUCAAUUGCUCUUCUUUCGUUUGAUUCCCGCAGUCAUCUGACACUUGAGCUGCCUCCUUUCCUUGCAGCGCGUCACUCUUUCAGCUCCCACCUCUAGAUUCUCCAGGCAGCUGAACUGCGAACGAGGAUCUCUGCCGAUGGCAGCCGGGGCUGGCGGCUCCUCCUGUACAGACACUUCCAGCCCGGGAGCUAUUUCUGUGUAGUGCCCUUUCCUUCCUUGCCGUUGUAACGUGGUAGCCCGGAGCGAGCCCUUCCCGGCGCGCGGGCACCCUCACACCUGCACCCCCGUCCCUGUGGUGAGCAAAGACAUCACAGACCGCGGUGUUGUUCACAUUCGAGUUACUGUAAAGGCUUUUUUGUUUUUAAGACAAAAAAAAGGAAAGGCUUAAUCCUGGUCUCUGACCAGGACGUAUGCGGAUGAGCUGCGGGAAAAGGGAAUUUGGCAGAUUAUUAGAAAUCAGAGCUGAAAGCGCCUUGCUUUCUGCCCUGCUAGCACGGAGGUGGCUGCACGGAGAGGGCGCUCGGUAGUGCCGCAGAGCAGUACAGCUGCUUACUCCGUUUCGCGGUGUCUCCACAGCUGCUUACUCUGUUUUCGUGGUUUCUCUACUCAAGGCAUUGGGUUUCUUUUUUUAGAUGGACAGAUCAAAUACAGGAUGCACGUUUUUUUUUCACCCCUUCUCCUCUUCCCUCCAGAGGGAAUUGAAUCUGGAUCAAGGCAAGGAGGGAUGUGACGAGACCUUGAUUGGUUUAGCCUAGGGAAGCAUUUUUGGAUCUUUGGCGUCYGUUUCAAACGGAAUCUGUCUCAUUUGCUGGUGCGUUUAACGKUGGUUUGGCCCAGGCCGGGUCGCCCCGCGGCUCGCCAGCAGGCUGGCGAGUGCCC